AACCGUUCUCAAGUGCUCUUGCCUACUUAUCAAAGGUUCGAGUUCGGCUGAAUGUUCGUAACUUCCAUGGUGUCCACAUCUACAUACCACAUCCACAUCACCUAUUUUCCCGUGCGAGCACGAUGUGAACCGGUGCUACUCAUUCUCGCAGAUUCGGGAACCCAGUUUGAGUACGAAGAAGUUCCCCGUGUGAAGUGGGUAGAAAUGAAGAAGGCAGGCCAAGUUACGCCUGCGAUGUUUCCAUAUGGUGGCGUACCUAUUCUUCGAGUAACAGACAAAAGCUCUAAACAAAGAAGCGAAUUUCUGCUUGGAGAGACUUCAGCUAUCCUGUCUUACCUUGAGGAGAUCCUGACACUGCCAGGAACUACGUUGAAUAAAGACCUCCCACUCCAAACCCGUGCACGCACACAGAUGAUCAAGGAAGCAUCUUUGUUCUUCACCAACAGGGUAUGGCAAUUGAGUGGGGAAGAGGUAAUUAAAGUCACUGUGAUUAGAAGUGAGCUGAGAAAUAAAAACCACAGGAUUGGCUAGCGCCACCAUCACGAGAUAAGAUUUGGAAAGCCAUCACCGUACGAUACCUGCGCAACACAGAAGCUGCACUCGGAGAACUACAGAAGGAGAUGAGAGUAGUGCCAGAAGAGAUGGGCCCACUG